CAGAUCAACAAGGAAAUGAGGAUGAGAGCAGGAGCAGAAAACCUCUUCCGGGCCACCAGCAACCACAAGGUGAAGGAAACAGUGGCUCUGGAGCUGAGCUACGUCAAUUCCAACCUCCAGCUCCUGAAGGAAGAGCUGGAAGAGCUCAACAGCAGCAUGGACGUGUAUCAGAAUGACAGUGAAUCCAUCAGUGUUCCCAUGAUCCCUCUGGGACUCAAGGAGACCAAGGAGCUGGAUUUGCUGGUACCACUCAAGGAUUUCAUCAGUGAGCACUAUGGAGAGGAGAGUGUCCUGUUUGAAAAGGAAAUCAAGGAAUUCAUGGAGCUACGACAGGCCAUGCGCACCCCAAGUCGCAAUGAGGCCGGAUUGGAGCUCCUGAUGGAAUAUUACAACCAGCUCUACUUCCUUGACAGCCGGUUCUUCCCUCCCACCAAAGCCUUGGGGAUCUUCUUCCACUGGUAUGACUCUCUGACGGGGGUCCCAUCCCACCAGAGGGCUCUGGCCUUUGAGAAGGGAAGUGUCCUCUUCAACCUCGGAGCGCUGCACACCCAGAUCGGAGCGCGGCAGGACCGCGCCUCCCUGCCCGGUCUCAACCAGGCCAUUGAUGCCUUCCAGAAGGCAGCUGGUGCCUUUAACUACUUGAAGGAGAACUUCUCCAAUGCUCCCAGCCUGGACAUGAGUGCGGCCUCCCUGACCAUGCUGGUGAGGCUGAUGGUGGCCCAGGUCCAGGAGUGUGUCUUUGAGAAGAUGACCUUGCUGCGUGCCCAGAACGACUUCCUGGCCCGCCUGCAGCUGGCUCAGGAGGCAGCAAGGGUGGAAGAUGUGUAUUCCCUGGUGCACCAGACCAUGAGCCAGCCUCACGUCAAGGAUUACGUUCCCUUUUCCUGGACCACCAUGGUCCACGUCAAGUCGGAACAUUUCAAAGCCCUCUCCCAUUAUUUCGCUGCCAUCGCCCUCUGCGACUGCCCUGUUCCCUCAGAUGCUGAGCUGCUGGAGCAGGAGAAGGCUUUCCUGCAAUUCCAUGUCACCAUGCCAGAGGGCCCAUCACUUCGUGUCCUGCUGCAAGAUCCCGAGGAGAGGAGGAAGCUUGGCAAAGCUCACCUCAAAAAAGCCAUCAUGAAGCACGAGGAGGCCAUGAGGAUCCACGGAUUGUGCAAGAUCCUACGGAAGAUGGAUAUCCUGCAGGAGGUCCUGUCCUUUGCCCACAAACGCUCCCUGAGCAAAUAUUCCGAGAUCGACCACGAGGAGGAUUUCUUUGAGACAGGAGAGGCUCCGGACAUCCAUCCCAAAACGCACCAGAAACCUGAAAUCAAAUCUCCCAACUUCUCCCAGGUGAAGGUGACCGACCUCUUCCACAGGCUGGGCCCCCUUUCCGUGUUCUCAGCCAAGAACAAGUGGUAUCCAGCUCGGAGAGUCCACCUGAUGAGAGGAGAGAAUGGCUUUGGAUUCACCCUGCGAGGAGACUCCCCCGUCCUCAUUGCUGGGGUCAUCCCAGGGGGCUGUGCUGCUGAAGCCGGGCUGAAGGAGGGGGACUACAUCAUCUCCGUGAAUGGCAAGGACUGCAAGUGGUCCAAGCACGCCGAGGUUGUCCAGCUGCUGAAGAGCACUGGGAAGGAGGGGGUGGACAUUGGAGUCAUCACCCUGCAGGGCUCAGAAUGUCCCAAAGCCGUAAGUCACGUCCCACAGGAAACUGCAGAUCCCCUCUCCACCUUUCCCAACCAGGUGGACAGGAAGGCAGCAGUGAUGUCCUCGGGAUCUGGGAUGCUGAAGAGCAACAAGGAGAACAGCAGGAAGAGCCUGAUGAACAGCAAAAGCGCCAGCACGCUCCUGGUGUGGAGCAAGAAGAGCAAAAGGAGCAAGAAGAGCACCUACAGCGGUGUCCCCUUCACUGCUGUGGGGGACAACGAGGCCAUGUACUGACCAUGCUCCAUGGAGCUCCAGGACUUGGCUGCCUGGGAAGCUUCCCAAGCCUGGCUGGGCUGUGAGGACUCCCAGACCUGGGAAUGCGCCGCUGGUCGGAUCUGCGCCAAGAGGUGAGCAAGGCACCUCCAGCUCCUGAGUCCAACGAUCCCCUCAGUCUGGGGAAAACUCGGGUUUAUUGUUCAUUUUGGGAUUAUUUUUUUUUUUUUAAUUUUUGCUCUCAAGGGGGUUGUGGGGGGAGCUGUGCUAAAGCAGGGCCUGGUUUGUGUCUUCUGCUUGGCCAAAGCCAGCCCCACCCAUUAAAGCAAAAAGUGUCACCUGUAGCAUCUCCUGGGUUUUCUCUACAAGGUAUAAGAUGGAGCUUCUCUCCAAGAGCUGCUGGAGGAGCUGAAUCCUUCACCUGAAUCCUCCCAGACUCCCCUUUUUUGGGAGAGGGGACAGCAAAGGCAUUGAUGACUUGUGAUCCUAUCACAGGGCCCAACCCAGGCAGCAUCUCCCAGCUGGGGCUAUCCCAACAAAAUAGGAUGGUUUGACCAUUUUUAGUGCU